GGGUCACAUAGCUAGACAUAACCUUGCAUAUAAACUGAAAUUGACGCCUAAAAAUGUCAAACUCGACAGUUGUUUUGAUUUUUAGGUUAUAUUUUGUAAAUCAUUACAGUGCAGAUUUUUCUUUAUUAUUAUUUACAAUUUAAGUUUAAGUGCGAGAUAUACUGGAAUAAUGGAUAUUUUUAAUGACGCCUAUCAGAAGUGUGUAGCCGAAAACGAAAAGAAUCUGCGUUUUUGGGAAGAAUAUGCGAAUAGUUUAAACUCGUUGGACUUCAGCGUUUUCAGCGAGAAGUUGACAGUGCCGGCGCUGGUACCAAUCGGGAACCGGAUCUUCUUCAGAGGCCAAUUGAAACAUACCAAUGAAGUGACCGUCUCUCUUGGUGCCGAUUAUUUUGUUAAAUGUUCUUUGAAACAAGCUGAAAUAUUAAAGCAACAUAGGUUAAAAGGUGCUCAAUCUAAAUUAGAAAUGUAUAGAAAAGAAAAGGAAUAUCUUCAAAAUCAAUUGUCUUUUACAAAAGAAAAUAUUUACGAGAACUUGGGAAAAGAGAUUGUUGAAAUCUGCACAGACAAAGAAGACAGAGUUUGGAGAGAAAAGCACAGAGAAAACAUGAGACAAUACAAAUUGAAAAGUAAAAUGGAACCUGAAACAACAGCUCCUGAAGUUACUGAUGAAGAACUGUGGGAAAGGUUAGAGGAGUUAGAGUUACAGGAGGAAUUCCAAAAUGAAUUGUCUAAUAUGAAUGAUUCUGAUUUAAAUAGCCAAAAAAAUCCAAUCAAUAUGUUUGUAGUUAAGGAAGCAGGUACACCACCACCUCUUAAAGUUGAUAAUAAUAAAAAUAUAUCUAAAUCAGAUUCAAAAGAAAGUAAACCACCGCAUGAAACUUCAAAAAUGAAUCUUUUACAACAUGUACUUGAAAAGCAAAAUGAACUGGAACAAAAAUUAUAUGAAUUGAAAAAUAAAGACAGAAGUCAAACCAAAACUGAAGAAGAAUUAAUAUCAAAGUUGGAUGAGAUGGAAGAGUUAGAUGAAUUGGAAGAUGAAAUGGAUCGAUUGGAAGACAUCUUGCAAACUGAAGAUGUUGAAAGCACAGAUGAUGAAGAUUCUUCAUCAAGACAGUCUCCAAUAUCUAAAAGGGGUGUCACAUUUGUGGAGGAUGAUGACAGUGAAACUAUUGAUAUAGUUUACAAACAUAGUUCUGUUGAACCAACUACUGAGCCAUAUGACCCAACAAAAGGCAUCACAAAACCCAGUGAUAUUUAUGUAGCCUAUUCUAAUUUAUUUAAAGAAACGACAUCUAUACUGAAGAAAACGAAGUAUGAAGAUAAUAAAAAUGUAAAUGUCGAAAAUACUAUAGACAAGAAAUUAAUAGACGAUAGUAUUUUAGAAUUACAUGAAAAUAAUAUCAACAAAACUAUAGUGGUUAAAGAUGUAGUUGAAAAAUAUGAUGUAAAUUCAAACAAAUUUGAAAAUACAGAAAGCCGACCUAUUAGUUUAUUUAAGAAAAAGAGACUCCAAAAUAAAUAAUUAAGUUUA